AUGGACGCUGCGCGAAUACCGCCGAUAUGUGCGCCGAACGCUGCACCGCCACAUGAGCCACAACAGCAGCCUGAAGGGAAGAAGAAACACGGAAAGAAGCCGCCGAGUGGGCACAAAAGAAGCUCGAAACGCCGCCGCAAUCACCUGAAGCAGCCGCUGACCAAAGACAUGCCGCGCAUGCUGUCCGAGCUUCUAAAAGAGCCCAAAAUAGCGCUUUUGCAUCGCGUUGUAAAAAUCGUGGGGCCCAAGGUAUCCUGGCAGCUCUUGCGAGAGACGCUGCGUCUGGAGAAAGACGGCGGGCAAUCAGUUGACACUGCAGCCAAGAACAGACCCGAGCUUUUGUACGUGCUGGACGAAGCUUCUCAAGACUGUAAAUUGCGGCGCCGCACGGCGGGCGGCGUCUUCUUUACGCUAUUGAAAGAAAAGGUAUCAAAAGAGACAUACCGAACGAUUUAUGAGGUCGAAGACCGGAAGAAAAAAGAGACCAAGAAACGGGCCCGUGGUCGCCAGCGCCAGAGAAUGGACAAGACAUUGGCUGCGUUGCGGUUUGAUGACCUCACCUUAGCUGCUCAAAGUGCAAACUUUGGGGUGGCUAGUGCGGAUGAAGCACAGACGUGUGUCACAACGUCAGCUGACUCGGAAGUUACUGCGAUGACUGAGGACGGUGAGGUCGUGGAGCACAUGCAGGUCAAUUAA